AACGCUUACCCGUUUUAGUGGCUCUACUCGGUUGUUUUGGCAGCAUUGCGUGAAAUAGCUAUCGCCAUUUGCACCGUUCUGAACAUGGCUCCAAAGGGUUGAGUUGUGGCCCCGAAAGUAAAGAACUUGCGAGCGAUAGUUGAAUCACCGCCCUCGGCAAAUAACCGGCAGAAUCCGUUCUAGCCCGCCAUCGAGAAAAUGACUGAGACGGAAGACCUAGACCUGUUCAAGGUGGGGAAUGAGGGCGUCGAGGCCUUCGAGGAUGACGAGGAGCUCGGAUUCACAGGCCUUGUGGACUUCGGAAUGAAAGGCCUUGUGGAGUCUAGUCCCAUGGAGUAUGUGUGCCCCAAGUGCAGCGAGCGUCUGAGCGACCCCCGCGUCCUCAACUGCCUGCACGUCUUCUGCCUCACGUGUCUUGAGAGAUCGGUCGAGGAGGGUGCGUCUCAUGUCAAGUGCCCCACGUGCGAACUGCAAACCCCGCUCUCCACUUCCGGGGUGAAGAAACUUCUCUCCGACCACGUGUUGGCGAACUUGAUGGACGUCGCUGCGAUUACGGCCCAAACGGCCCUCUGCACCAGCUGCAAGUCCAGUGACAAAGCUGUCGCUCGCUGCGCUGAUUGCGCUAAUUUCCUUUGUCCUAACUGCAACAGUGCCCACCAGCUGAUGCGGUGCUUUGAAGGACACCGUGUGGAGUCAUUCGAUGAGCUUACCAAGUCAGACAAAAAGGUGCCAAUACAUAAGCCUAUUCUUUGUGCUGAGCAUCAUUUGGAGAGCCUCAAAUAUUUCUGCAAAACUUGCCAGGUGCCCAUCUGCAACGAGUGCAUCCUGGUCAACCAUACUCAGCCUAUCCACAAAUUCAUAAGACUUGCUGAUGCUGAGGGUGAGCAGCGCAAAGAACUGGAGGAUCUGGUCUUGAAGACCAAAAUGAAAUUAGCCGGUUUUGAUGAAACCAACGCUCAACUCAGCAACGCCCUUUCAGAGCUCGAAAAUCAAAGAGAAAACGCCAAAUCGUUGAUCGAAGAAACCUUCCAGAGCUACAAGGCGCUCUUGGAGAAAUGCAGAGACCAGGCGCUGGACAGACUGGGAUAUCUACAUAGCGCCCAGGAAUUGCGCAUCAUGGAAGGAAUCUACAAGCAGGAGAAGUUCCAAGACCAUACCGAGGAAGCUUGCAGGUUCACUGAACGUCUACUUGAGAAUGGAAAUGCUGCGGAAGUCCUGUCUCUUCGCAGAAUCAUUGGAGAGCGGCUGCUCUCUCUUACUGAAGAAUCACCUAAGCUGGACCCCAACGUGAACCUCCACUUCGAAACCAAUCUGGAAAAGUUUGAGACCGCAGUUAAGGAGCACUUUGGACACUUUAGUUCAAACGAGCAAGAGGCCAAGGUGGACAAAUCAGAUAAAGAUGAGAAGCCUAACCAAGCUGUGCUGGGCCCCAUCAAAGUGGAUGUCGGGGACAGCCCUUCGUCGCUGCCCAUUUCCAUGCAGUCCUCUUUCGGCAGCGACUUAGUUCCCCUGCCAACCAGCACUGUUGAGUCUCCAGCCUCUGCCUCCACUGAGCCGCACUCAUCUCCACCUGUGCUGUCAAGCUUUUCCACAAUCCAGGAGUACAACCUCGCGCAGCUCGCCAACCUGGCCACCGGCCCGGCUUCGCGCAACUCAAACACAUCGCCAACAAAUGCGUUUGCCAUGCCGGAACUCGACCUGGGCACCAUGAGCCACGCUUUCAAUAACUUGCAAGCACUCGCCAAACUGGGUGGACUGUCCAUCGACAACCAUGAUCUCACAAAUGGGCAUUUGAAUGGGUCCAGCAAUGGUGGAGGCUUUGGCAGGCCUCGAGCACCUUCACCAGGCUUGGAUGCUUCUCUGCUUAACAAUGCUGUGUCAGCCCUCAAUGGCGGCUUCCACUCAUCGUCCACUUCUCCUAUGCAAGAUGAUAUGGAGCUGAUUGGAAAUGGGAACAACUCAAUGUCCGCUUUCUCUCAACAAGUGCGAAACACAGGCUCAAGCAAAACCACUCCGAUGCAAAUCCGCUGCAAGUUUGGCCAGCUCGGUCCCAACAAGGGUCAGUUCAACUCGCCCCACGGCUUUUGCCUGGGCAAUGAUGAAGACAUUGUAGUUGCCGACACCAACAACCACCGCAUUCAGGUAUUUGACAAAACCGGCAACUUCAAGUUCCAGUUCGGAAUACCAGGCAAGGAGGAAGGUCAACUGUGGUACCCACGUAAAGUCGCAGUCAUGCGCAAUUCUGGCAAGUUUGUUGUGUGCGACCGCGGCAAUGAACGUUCGCGCAUGCAGAUUUUCACCAAAAAUGGUCACUUCAUCAAGAAAAUCGCUAUCAGAUACAUUGACAUCGUAGCUGGACUUGCCGUCAACUCAACUGGUCAAAUUGUUGCCGUGGACAGCGUCUCUCCCACUGUUUUUGUCAUUGCUGAAACUGGGGAUCUCCUCCGCUGGUUUGACUGCAGUGACUACAUGAGAGAACCAUCUGAUAUUGCUAUAAGUGGCAAGGAGUUCUUUGUGUGCGACUUCAAGGGCCACUGCGUUGUGGUUUUCAAUGAAGAUGGACAAUUCUUGCGCCGCAUCGGCAGUGAGAGCUACACCAACUUCCCUAAUGGAAUAGACAUAUCAGAUGCUGGAGAUGUUUUGGUUGGCGACUCGCAUGGAAACCGUUUCCACGUUGCCGUAUUCACUCGCGAGGGCGCCUUGCUCUCAGAGUUUGAGUGUCCUUAUGUCAAGGUGUCGCGUUGCUGUGGUUUGAAGAUCACAUCUGAGGGCUACGUGGUCACCCUUGCGAAGAACAAUCACCAUGUCCUGGUGCUGAACACGCUGUACAUCGUGUGAGUCAGCGGCGGCAGCAGCAAAAUACAAGGUUAGGCCACUUCAAAUGAUCUCUUGUGAAAAGUGAGCCUACCACAAACCAAUGGUAGAGCUUAAGUUUGCAUUUAGCAAAGAAUACUAAUUAUUUACAUCACACAAGUAUUGGCACACAUGUUCCUAUUUGAGUGCGCGAGUGUCGAGUAAGCAAAAGAAAAAGUUGAAAAACUCAGGUUCUCUCUCUAAAAGAAAGAGUGUAUUGUGUGAGCGAUAAAUUAGUAAUCAUAAUUCUACACUGCGUUAAUAUUCAAUGGUGCCAUAUUACUAAGCUGAAAAGCUACUUUGUUUCAUCUCUUUUAAUUCUACACGUUGUACACAUGUUUUAAGUCAGUGAAAUUGUAGAGAGGAAAUGUGAAACAAUGUUGCAAAAGAAAAUUAUUCCAUUUGUGCUGCACUCGACUCGGUUUAAGUGCCUACACAUUACAAUGUAUGCUUACUUUUGUCAGAUUGCUUUAGAUUCUGCUCAAUUCAGUGGUUUUUUGUUUUAAACUGGUUUUUUUUAUUCACUACUCUAUAAUUGAUGUCAAUCAACUGGUUGCCGAGGCCAAUAUUAAAAAUAUUAAUUCUUGCCUUUGGUACCCUUUGUUCCUUUCGAUCUGCUUAUAUGUGCAGUACAUCAGAAAACAUCACAGACUCAUUGUUCAAUGCUGUGAAUAAUUUAUGUUAAUCGCGACUUUUUCAAAUCAUAACUGUGAUAAUAUUUUAUCUUCUCUUUUUACCAGUAACCGCGCUUGGCUCACAAAAGGAUUUGCGAACAAAACUCAACACCAUAGCCCCAUUGUUGCCUCCUCGCGCACAAACUCACAACACACCCACACUUAAUCCACAAAUACUUGAAAUGACACUAAAAAACAACACCCUGUCAGACGUUAAACUUACUGGAAAGUCUUGUGUAUCAUUGCUCAUCAAAGGCCUUUAGUGAAAUUUGUGACAUGCAAACACACACACGUUUUCUUCACUACAAACAUAGUUCUUUCCUCGGGACGCGCGAUUUUUCCGUUUCCCAACUCAGUCACCGAUUCAAAUCAAAAGCAAAAGAGACCCAGCCCUGAGGUCAAUUAUUCAAUUCCCCCCAUCGCCAUUAAUAUUUAUGAGAUGAAAUGAAAACACUAUGCUCCUCUGGCCUUAAUGUGUAAAGUGUUGCUGUCAAAGUGAAUGUCUUUAAUCUAACUGUACUUGUCGUCUCAUCAGUUUUGGCUCUUUUGGUCGGAACACAAACCCUUUGCACAAACAACGAAAGAUCUCGCGGUCACUUUUCACACACUCACACUUGUUAAAAUCAAAAAGUUACUAACUAACAAACUCCCCAAAAGAAAUUCCUCUCUUUUGUGAGCCAAGAUCAUUAUAAUAAUCAAUAUAUUCGCAAAGCAGCAGAGUUUCCUUAAUAUUAAAGCAAAAAACGCGUUCUGUGUAUUUUUUAAAAACAUGAAAAAGUUAGCAAGCAACAUAGAGAAACAACAUUGCAGUUUUAAAAUAUGAUGUGAUGCUGUAUCUUGAUGAGAAGCAAACAAGGAGAAAAAAUUUAACAGAAAACCCAAAAAAAUGUUUAGUUUAUCAUAUACAUAUAUAUGUGAGGGAGUGAUAUACAACUCUUGUUUAUUUUUUAUUUUCAGAACUGACAAGCCAUAAUGUUCUAACUACUGAAAUUAUUGUAUUUGAGUGGCUCAUACUAAAGUGGUUUAAUAGAUUAAUAAACUAAGCUAAAUCAUCGGUCAGAACCUGGCGCAUUACUUUUCUCGCUCGGCUUGUGUCAGGCAGGCAGGCAAGAGUGUGCUGCGCCAAUUGCGAUUGGUUUAUUUCUGGAAGCAAAAACAGAUGAAUUGAUGGAAAAUAGCGCGUUGUUAUUGUGAUAGACAUUUUCGAUGGUUUUACAAUCAGUCGUGUGUACAAAGCAGUCGAUCGAGUACACCAACAAUUGUUUUUUAAUUUAGAAAACAAGCGAAGACAGUCACAGACUCUUACACUAACUAGCAAGUACACUAAAGUUUUGGCUGCGCCUUGCAAAAUUGACCCCACACACGGCCGGCGCCUGUAUUACAAACAGAAAUCUUCACCGUAAUAGCAAUAAUUAGUUGUAAAAAACAAACAUGUGGCUGCUAAAAUUCGGAAAAUGAAAAUAUAUAUCACUUCUUUGCGACGUAAAAAAAAAUGAAAUCAGUUCUGGCUGCCAUUUCUGAAGUUGUUUCUCUAAUUGUCAUUCUAUCAUUCCAUCCAUAGGUGAAUUUAAAAAUACUCCUUUGGCGAGGCCCCUUGGGCCCAAAACUGCCCCCGCUCCACUCGGCGUCGCGCCACAGCUUUUUUUGUUAAUUUUUCCUGCCGCUGAAGCCAGAUUCUGUCGCCUCCUCCACACUUAAUCUUUUUGACGGAAACGCACUCACAAAAUCAAUUAGCAGCGUCCUGGAUGGCCGGCUGGCGACUAAUCGCGCGAGUGGAGCGGCCGCCGUACCUUUCCCCCGAGGGGCGUGUCGAUAAUAAUAAAUAAUGUUAAUGAAUAAUAACAAUGUAAUAAUACUUACGAGAUAAUAUUGGAUUGCUGCCUUUGUUCUUGACGAUGAUGAGAAGAGAGCUUAGGUUCUAAUUUUGUACGCCUGAAGCUCUUUGCCCCCGUUUUUGCGCGCGCACCCCCUUCACACACACACACACACGUCAUCCACUCCCUGAUUCUACUAUACUAUUGUAACCCUUAUUUUAUAUUAUUAGUGUACGCUUAAAGACACAAGGUGUUUUUGGUAUUUGCCUUUGAAUCUUACUGGUGCUAUUGCACCACAAAGACCCCCCUACGAAAAAGAAUUUUAAUUAGAGACUUGUAUUUAAAAUGGAGUAUAUUAACACAGAGAGACACUUGAAAACAUACAUAUAUUGUCUUCCUAGGCUAAAAUGAUUGUGGAUGUAUCAAACUUUUCGGUUCCAUCGUUUCCUGCUGUUCAAAUGCAUACGAAAUCGCAAAUCUUUGGAAAGGUACGUUAAGAAUAAUCGUUGUUGACUCAAAUUGUACUGUAGAUAUUUUCAGCGUUUUACUAUCAGUUCUUGUGUCUCGUAAUUCACGAUGAUGAAAAAGCAGAAUUGCAUUUGGAAUUCCUUUUUUUGAAAAUUUUUAGAGAUUAUUGUCAAAACUUAUCGAUUUUGCAAACACUUGUUUCCCAUCAUAUAUUUACAAUGUGGUGUGUGUUUUCGAUUGAUUAUUUUUUAAACAUAGCUAUUGCUAUCUCUAUAGAAAGAUGAUGAAGUUGAUGAUAAUGAUCAUGUAAUAUGUGCUUUGAAGUGUUCAGUAUUCAAACAGGUAUUUUUGCUUUCCUUCCUUAAAUAUUGAAAGCGAGAGAGAAAUGAAAUUGCAGAAACCUAGAGGCGACAUCCGCUCGCGGGGCGUUCCAGCUCAUUCGACGAGGCUAUUUGCUGCAAACACGCGCGCCCCCGCGGACCAAAAAUUAAUCUUAGUGGUCAUUUGCAUGUUUUUUAUGUAUCUGCCACUCAAAAAAUGACGAUGAAUACAAAUAUUAUUGAUAAAAAUACGUAUUUUAAGGGGAUUUGUCCUUAAAAACUAGCCAUCGUUCCAUGUUUACGAUACGAAAAGAAUUAUUAAGCCGGAGAGAAAAAUUUUACCCUAGGGAUACACAUUUUGCAUUGAAUCCACCAACAACCACACACACUCGCGGAACACCUCCGGGGAUGUGAACUCAUUCAAUUUGAAAGGGUCGAGUGAAACAGCGGUGAUAUAAUAUAUCUGUAUAUUUAGCUUUGUCAAACAACAAUUAACACCGAAACACUUUCAACUUGAACUUAUUUCGAACUCUUACACCCACUAUAAAAGUAGCGAGCAAGGAAGGAAGGAAGUAAAGGGGCAGGUUUGAAUCCGCCACCCGCCCGUGCGGGUGGGGAGUAAUAAUAUUUAAGGACUCGUUUAAAUUGUAGCUGACUUGAAUGUAAUGCCAAACUCGUCGUGUAAUGAAACCGUAGCUUUUAGCCAAAAUCACCGUUUUGGGCCGCUCUUGAGAUAAAGGAGGCCUGUGCCAAAAACAAUAAAUUAAGCGAGAGAAACCAAACUCCGGAAUCAGUUUGGGGUGAGGGAGGUAAAGAGAGGAAGCCACCACCGCUUUGCGAUUGAUUGAAUUAAUAUUAUUAUUAUUGUACUGAUAGUUAAUUGAACAUACACACCUACACACACACACACUCACACAUACACACACACUUAGGCUAAUGAAACACCCGAACCGCGUGUAGGCUUAAGCAUGUAAUAUUGAAGAAAAUAUUAUACCGUAGACAAACACAAGCUAGCGAGUGUUUACAGAGAUGUACAUAAGAAAGGUUGUGAGUUUUUCCGAGUUUUCCUGCUGUUUCUUGUUUGUGUUUGUUGAAUUAAGUGUUAGUUGCUGGGACUCUUUCAUCUCAAAUCGAGUGCAAUAAACAUGUUGGUAGACGUAGGUCGUAGGUAAAAUUUAAUAUUCUAUAUUAUAAUAUAUCGAUUCUAGAGAGACGUGGUAACAAACACUCACAGUAAAACGAUAAUGAAGCUUAGUCUGAGAGGGCCGCCUCCCCUCCAUUCCCCUGCCGGCUGCGCAAAUAUGGCCGCAGCCGGCACCGACCGCUAUUGGUCGGCAGAAUCCCGCACCCCCCCGUAUUUCGCGGAGGCGGCUUAUUGGCGUGGCUUCGUAGGAAAAGAAAAGUCGAUCCAGAUUACCGAGAGUUGUAAUUACUACUACAUUAAUUAACGUUUACUGGCCAAAUCGUUCGUAAUGUUGUUUUUGGCGAUAUUAGAACCGUAGCAUUCCAUUUUGCUCUUUUUGUUUUUUGUUUGUUUUACAUAAUUAUUAUAUAUAUUCACCACUUUUUUGAGUGCACCGUAAUUCAAGCGAAGUGGUCAUUUACAUGAUGUGUCUCGUAUCGUCUGUUAGUCGGUUUUAAAGUACAAAUAAUAUUCAAGAAAAAACUGCAUAAAAAAUUACAAAAAAGCGAGAAAACGCAUGUCCCGUCGUCAUCGUUCCCUAAUUUUUUAUUUCACUGAUUAUUGACAACAUAUCAUACGCCAAUUGAAACUUGGUUGGUUUUUACUUGGUCGGACGAAAUUUUUGCAUUAUACACACAUGCAUACACACAACAACAACAAAACGUUUAAAAAGGAAAGAUUCGAAGAAGACGCUGAAAUAACAAAGUGAGAGCGAAACAGUUGUUUUCACACGGGGUCAAGCAGUUGCCUUUAGUCCUUUUGCUAAAUGAUAACAAUAAAAACAAUUUUAUUGAAUUGUCGUCGUCGUAUUUUGAAGCGGCUCGUACGGAUAGCUUUUCUCAUCUGUAGAGUCGUUGUCGAAUGAAGCCAAUUUUUGAGCAAAACUGAAAAUGAAGCCGCCGCAGUCAAACAUGUCUAUACUUUUAGAUUUGGCACGCGUAUUAACAGAAAAGAGAGAAGUUCGUAAUUUCUUGUUCAAGAGAAGUGUUUUAGCCCUUAUUGGCCUUAAUGUGAUCAAAAAUUAUUGUAAUAUUACUACUAAGAGAAACAUUUCAAGCAUAAUAAUAAACAAUUAUACAUUUACCAAUUCUAGCCUUUACACAAUGUUUUCUUUUUUUUUUGGUUUAUAGACGAUUAUUAUACAAUUAACAUUUUGUGUUUUUGCGCAUCAUUUAGUGUUCCUUCUCCACGUAGUUAUUUAUUCGAUCACAUCGUGGACGAUUUAUGUUUUUAGUGUCGUUGCUCAAGGCAUAAUUUUUACUAUUAUUAACAGUAAUGUAAUUACUUGGACUAUAUAUUGCACUUCAACUGCUAUGCAUGCGUAAUCGUUACUCUCGUAAAUGAAUGGUUAUCAUUUCCAGAAUCGGUGAAAUAUAACUGACGAAUUAUAUACACUCUCACACACACACGUCGUUUGAAGAUUUGUACACACUUCACACAGCUUCCAAAGGAGUUUUAUUGAAAAGAAUGAAAUCACGAAAUAAUUGUGCUAGUCUCUCGGCACUGAUUUGCACUGUCCUCUUAUUAAUUAAACUAAUUAUACAAACAAAUAUUAAGCUUCUUUGUAAAUAAGUGGUAGCGUGUAAGGACUAUCAUUAUAUUGAAAUAUAUCGAUUAGUUGGUUGGAUUUCGUCACCGUCAUGAAAAAGCAAACUAUUGCCAAUGAUUGAAAGGCUUUUAUUGACCGAUUGGUAGUGUAAAUAAAUACCCAAUUCAAAUAUCAAAGCACAGAUCAGCAGUGAAAAAUGCACACACAAGCUCUUCGAUUUUUUACAAUAUUCUCGCCUAUAAGUACUAACGCUUGUUUUAAUUUUAUGAUGGGAAGGUAUUCUUUACUAUUUUUGGAAUCGAGUUACUCUGAUGACGAUGAUAAUGAUGUAUUUUGUUUCCUUAUAAUAAAUAAAGGUAAUCAUUGAACAACUGA